CGACCUCCUUAUUUAAUCAUUACGGGCCGUCGAACGAAGGAGAAAAGACGAGAAAAAAUAUAUUUUAAACAUUUAUAUUAAGUGCUUUAUUACUUCGUUUACUGAAUAUUCGUUAUUUAUAUCUACAGGUGGCGCCCAGUCGCUUCGGCUUUAGCGUGGAGAUUGAUGAGUGGAGUGAGGAGACGUGUUUGGUGAAUAAGCGCUCGUCAAGCAGAAAGCUCGGCAGGUUCGAGCGUAUUAAUAUAAUAUAUACGAUAAAUGUGAUAUAUAAUAAUAGUAUUUAUAAUGGCUGUGAUUGCUCCUACUUCUACUGACAAAACUAAUAUGGUUAAUGGAUUUAGUGAUUUUGAUGUAGAAGAAUUACUUUUUAAAGUUUUAGUUAUUGGAGAUUUUGGUGUUGGAAAAACAGCAAUUAUAAGAAGAUAUACAGAAGGUGUAUUCUCUCAUUAUUACAAACUUACAAUAGGAGUUGAUUUUGCUAUCAAAACAAUCUUAUGGAACAAUAAGAAAUCAAUCACUUUGCAGCUUUGGGAUAUAGCUGGUCAUGAAAGAUUUGGACACAUGACUCAAGUAUAUUAUAGAUAUGCAACUGCUGCCAUCAUUGUUUUUGAUCUUUCAAGGCCAGCAACUUUGGAGUCAGUGAUUAAAUGGCAAAAGGAUGUGAAGGAGAAAAUUCCACAACCAAUUCCAAUAAUACUAGUUGCAAAUAAAUGUGAUAUUGAAGGCGUAACAGUAAAUUGUCAACUGUUAUCAGAAUUUUGCAAACAACAUAAUAUUGCUACUUGGUUUUUCACUUCAGCAAAAAUGAACAUAAACAUAGAAGAAGCUAUAUCAUUCCUUGUUGAUCAUAUUCUGCAACUAAGAAAAGAAGGUUAUCAAGAAGAAGCAUACUCAAGUAAUACACCUAAACAUUUGGUACAGUUGACUGCAAAACACUCUUUGAAACAAAAAAUUAAGUGUUGUGGUCAUUGGCAAAAGGAUGUGAAGGAGAAAAUUCCACAACCAAUUCCAAUAAUACUAGUUGCAAAUAAAUGUGAUAUUGAAGGCGUAACAGUAAAUUGUCAACUGUUAUCAGAAUUUUGCAAACAACAUAAUAUUGCUACUUGGUUUUUCACUUCAGCAAAAAUGAACAUAAACAUAGAAGAAGCUAUAUCAUUCCUUGUUGAUCAUAUUCUGCAACUAAGAAAAGAAGGUUAUCAAGAAGAAGCAUACUCAAGUAAUACACCUAAACAUUUGGUACAGUUGACUGCAAAACACUCUUUGAAACAAAAAAUUAAGUGUUGUGGUCAUUAAUUACAUAUCUCCAAUUCAAACUUUUUACUGGAAAUGUUUUUUGAGUUUCAAAGGUUACAGGAUUAAUUUUCAAAACUUAUUUUACCGAAUUAAUAACGAAUUUUAUAUGAUCUCAUAUGUUACAUGCUCAUAUCAUAAAGGUAUGCUGGCAUACCUUAUCAUAUCAUGCAUUUUAUACAAAUAAACAUUGACAUCAAUUUGUAUUUAAGAGAAAGCAUUAUGUAAGUAUUUUAAUUCUAAAACUUCUCAAUUAGAUACUGAAUUGUAUAUUGUUAAAUUGAUGAAAUUUGUAAUACUAAAGUAGCAUUCUUAUAUAUAUGUAUAUUAAUGAAUCUUUCACACACAGUAGCUCAUAAAAUUAUUAUGCAAAUGUAAUUAUUCAUCAUGCAUGAAUAUUUAUCUUAUAAAAUAUAUUUUCUAUUUAAAAGUUUAUUGCGUGCAAUAUGCAAUAAUUAUAGUACUUAUUGUUUUCCAUCUUGAAGUAUUUUAUGAAUUGUUAUAUUUUUAUUGAAAGCACUAUUUUAUAAUACUCAAAAUGGUACGCCUAAAAUGUUUACCACUGCGGCUAUGGCAAAUGUACGAUUUUCAAAUGAAGUUUUAAUAAAACAGUAUUAUUUAGUUUGUAUUUAUUUAUAACUAAAGUGCUGCUUUUCCAAAUGUGUGUCAGUUUUACUAAUUUAAUGUUGUUAAGAUGCAAGAAUUAUUCAAUAUAUUUUGUCUUAUUAUCAUUUUUAAAAAUUGAUCAUUCCUGCCUGAAACACUAAAGGCAUUCUGUUUUUCUCAG